GCCUGUGAUGUAUCUACAUCUCAAUCCAAACCAUCUAGCAGAGAAAGCCAAGGCAAGAGGCUGCCAGAAGAAAAAAGGAGGUGCAGGCACUGGGAGGUGGGAGAGGACAGCACUGAGUAAAAAUACAGGCCAGUUCCAUCCCUACCCACUAGGCCUGGUUCUGGCAGGCUCCAGCCCCAGGUGGUGACAGCAGCAUCCAGAGCUGAAGGACAGAUCCCAGCCACUGGUGAAGGUACCUGCCCUAUCCUGGCCUGCUUUGUCUCCAACUCCUUUGCUGAAGGUGGGUGGUGGUGAAUACACAGUCACUUUCUGCAAGGUUCCUGGAAGAAACAUAGGGGUGACUGAGGUGAGAGGCCCUAUGACUUGCUGCCCUGGCUGGCAGUUUGCCCUGCAGCACUGCAGGGAGAAGCUGAAGGGCUCAGUACUUAGCUUCUAGAUCCAAGGGUUCUUGGAGGGCUUCUGGAAGACUACUAAGACUGUGACACAGGCUCCUGGAAGACCUGGGAGGCCGAGCUUGGUUGAAUCACACUCAUCUGGUGGCUUUAACAUUAUUCUUUCUGCAUUUGCUGUGCGGCCAGCUUCCUCUCCUCAGGGCGGAGCGGAAUUGAGGGAGGUCAAAAGUGACCUUUUCCCCUAGCCUCCAAAGAGGCCCAAAGUACAUUCAUGACAUUUGCUCCUUGCGUCCAGCGCCAGAGCACUUUCAACUAUAAGAGCAAGGACUUGAUCUCCAGGUCUGCCUUCCGCGGUUGGGAGGGAAAUGCAGAGUUUGAGAGGCCCGACAGGCCCUCCCUUCUUGCCUCGCGGUGGGGGGACUGAUGGUUACUCAUUCUUGGGGUGUCUAUGAAAAGCCUUGGACCCCUCUGCCCAAGGCUUGAGGGCUCAGGGCCCGGCUGUUCGCGAAACUUGUUUGCUGGGCCUCUUGGUCUGUCGCUCGCACCGAGAAGCUGGCUCUUAUGCUGCCUCUUUGCGCGGGAAUGCAGGAGUCUCAACCAGGGACUGGAAGAUCAGGCAGUGGCGAGGCUGUCGUCUGCGAAAUCCGAGACCUUUUUCCAGCUUGGCAAGAUCAACUUUUCGGCCCCUCUGAACUGGCUCUGAGCUGGACUCCGCUUGGAGUCUCUUGUGGCCCGCGACCAGUAGUAUAACCUCGAGGGGAUGCAGGAAAUGAGAAUGGCCAUCAGUAUUGGAUUUUAAGUUCCUUAGAAAUCCCUGACGACCGCACUGUCCUGAAUUUUUUUUUUUUGAAGAGCAGAGGGAGGAUCAGCGGGUGGGGAGAGCUGGGCUUGGGAGGUGAUCGGAUUUGAUGGGAAUUUUAAAAAGCUCCCUUUCCGCUGUCAAAGUUCCUGGCUGCCCUAGCCCAGCCCCUCUCCGUGGGUUUUCCAGAACAAGCGCCCCAAGCAGGCGAGGCUCUGCUCAGCAUCCACGCAGAAGGGAGGCGAUCAUUUGCUGCGAGCAGGCCCAUUCGGCAUCGCCUGCGGAGCGCGCGAGCUGCUUAGAAAUCGUUCAACAGGAAAAUAAGAACCCGUGUGGUGAAAUCCGGACGGAACCAGCAGAUCCAAAAGCAUCUGGGGGCAGGCGCGGAGAUUAUGAGUCGUUCCUGUUUUUGGACAGGUUGACAUUUGGUCGCAGCCCCCAAAUUCCAGAUCUGUAAUUAAAUGACUCUUGGCUUGCAGCGUCUUUGAGACCUAGCAGAUUUGGGAGGAAAAGAUUCCGAGCAGAGCACUGGUUCAGACUCUGAGGUGCUCACUGAGCGGACUUCCUGCUCCUUUGACACUCGCGCUGACCUGGGCCCUGGUGCUGCAGGCCCUGUGCCUGUGGCCCUGUCCUCCAUGGAGGAGAUUCAGGUGGAGCUGCAGUGUGCUGACCUCUGGAAGAGGUUCCAUGACAUCGGAACUGAGAUGAUCAUCACCAAAGCAGGCAGGAGGAUGUUUCCUGCCAUGAGAGUGAAAAUCACUGGCCUGGAUCCACAUCAGCAGUACUACAUAGCGAUGGACAUUGUGCCUGUGGACAAUAAAAGAUACAGAUAUGUGUAUCAUAGCUCCAAGUGGAUGGUGGCUGGCAAUGCUGAUUCCCCUGUCCCCCCAAGAGUUUAUAUACACCCUGAUUCUCUAGCUUCUGGAGACACUUGGAUGAGACAGGUGGUCAGUUUCGACAAACUCAAGCUGACCAACAAUGAACUGGAUGAUCAAGGACAUAUCAUUCUGCAUUCUAUGCACAAAUACCAGCCUCGAGUUCAUGUGAUUCGAAAAGAUUUCAGCAGUGACCUUUCUCCCACCAAACCUGUCCCUGUUGGGGAUGGAGUGAAAACAUUCAACUUCCCUGAGACCGUGUUCACCACAGUCACAGCCUAUCAGAACCAGCAGAUCACCAGAUUAAAAAUUGACCGAAACCCUUUUGCUAAGGGAUUCAGAGAUUCUGGAAGAAACAGAACUGGACUGGAAGCCAUCAUGGAGACCUAUGCAUUCUGGAGACCUCCGGUGCGCACACUCACCUUUGAGGAUUUCACCACCAUGCAAAAGCAGCAAGGGGGCAGCACAGGCACUUCCCCAACCACCUCCAGCACUGGGACACCAUCUCCUUCAGCAUCUUCUCAUCUUUUAUCUCCAUCUUGUUCUCCUCCAACAUUUCAUCUGGCCCCCAACACUUUCAAUGUGGGCUGUCGAGAGAGCCAGCUGUGCAACCUAAACCUCUCUGAUUACCCACCAUGUGCCCGAAGCAACAUGGCUGCCUUGCAGAGUUACCCAGGGCUGAGUGACAGUGGUUACAACAGGCUGCAGAGUGGCACUGCUUCAGCCACUCAGCCCUCCGAAACCUUCAUGCCUCAGAGGACUCCAUCCCUGAUCUCAGGAAUACCAACUCCUCCCUCGUUGCCUAGCAACAGCAAGAUGGAAGCCUAUGGAGGCCAGCUGGGGUCCUUCCCCGCUUCCCAAUUUCAGUACGUGAUGCAGGCAGGCAAUGCAGCCUCCACCUCCUCGUCACCGCACAUGUUCGGAGGCAGCCACAUGCAGCAGAGCUCCUACAAUGCCUUCUCUCUCCACAAUCCUUAUAAUCUGUACGGAUACAAUUUCCCCACUUCCCCUAGGCUAGCUGCAAGCCCAGAGAAACUGAGCGCCUCUCAAAGCACUUUACUCUGUUCUUCUCCUUCUAAUGGGGCCUUUGGAGAGAGGCAGUACCUGCCUACCGGGAUGGAGCACGGCAUGCACAUGAUCAGCCCUUCACCCAAUAAUCAGCAGGCUACUAACACCUGUGAUGGCCGGCAGUAUGGGGCGGUCCCAGGCUCCUCCUCCCAGAUGUCGGUACACAUGGUUUAAUAGCCAGUCCAAAUGCCAUGGAGCCUACAGCAGCCGAGGCUCCGGAGUCUCCAUGCACAGAUCUUCCUCUUUGGAAGCCCCACAUCUUUGAAAAACAGUAACUGUGUAUUAUUAUUAUUAUUGUUUUUUCUGGAGGAGGAAAGCACAUGCCCAAGGACAACCAAAAGACAUUUAAGCCACUGAAGGAAAUGUGCGAUGGAAUCAUCUCUGACUCAGUGACCAUUCUCCUGCCUUCCCGAACCUUAGUUUCAUAAACCAUUGUCUACUCUAGAGUGGCCUUUGAAGAAACUGAAUAAUCAUUUUAUAACAAUGUUAAGGGAGAUGCAAACAUGUAGCAGCCAUGAAAAAUUACCCAUACACAUAUACAGAGCUACCUAUACACCCAUCCAUCCAUACAUAGAUACAUGCGUGCACACACUCAUAUAUUCAGAUACAGGUUCAUACAUACACGAACAUACAUGCACACGGAUUUGGAACUGGGCGAACUCUGUGGAGGGAGGCCCACAAUGGGUGCUUUCACCAGGAAUUGGUCUAUGUACAACACUAGAUGGACUGGGCCAGCGUAAGCAGCUGACCUUUCUCCCCUGCAGCUUACCCUGUUUCUGGAAUGAACCAUAUAUCCUGGAGCCUGUUCCCAACAAUGAAGGUGGAGAAACAUCAGUACUGCAACUGGAAUUGGCCCCCCAAAAAAGAAGGCUUUUGAACUUUGGCCCUAUUCAUUCAGUGUGCUAUCACUGAUGUUCCCAGUGGUGCUUGUGAAAAGAGGGAGUAGGAGCAGCUGAACAAGAGAGAAAGAGAAAGAAGAAGGGCGAGGUGGAGAGCAAGGCUGAGAGAGGAAGUGUGAGCAAUGAUGUGUUUUGAUUCACCAAGGAAAUCGGGUUCUGGUUUGUACUUCCCCCGCCCCUGCCCAGGUUGUAGAAAGAAUCACGGCUUUAUCAUGGCAUUAUGGAAGAGCAAACCUCUCUGGGACACUGCUGUGGGUCAGGGCACUGGUGAGAGGGACCGGGACCAGGGAAGGAAUGCAUCUCGAUCCCACAGCUGUGACCGCUGUGAUCCAGAAGAGGGGCACAGCACACGGAAAGGGCCAGCUCCAGAGCAUGCAGCCCGGCAGGGGACAGGAACAGGAGUGUGCAUAAGGAAGACUGUAGAAUCCUGAUGGCCGAUACCAGGAGCAGAGGUGACAAAGAGAGGCCUGGCCUGCCGUCUGCCACAUCCAGACCCCUGCCCUGCGUGGCCUGCCCCCCAGCCCCUGUAGCAGGAGAAAUCCUGUGACGUUCCGGGGAUUUGCAGACGGGCCUUCUACAUCCUUCCACUUGCCUUUAGGUAUCCAUUUUUAUCAAAUAGUUCGUUACAUUUUGAAGUUUUGGUUUUUUUUCCUUUAUCUUUCCCUUCCCCCUCAAAUCCUUUAAUGUUAAGAAAAUAAGUGAAGUUUGGUGCAAACUAAACUUUUUAAGUGGUGUGGAAAUGAAAAUAAUACCAAGUAAAAUAAUACAGAUAUUAUUAAGAUUUUUGUUUUGAGUGUUGUAGAUAACUGUAUUUAUGUGUCUAGUGGGGAAUCCAAUAUUAUGAAUAUUAAAAAGGGGGCAAUAAAAAGGUUAUGUAAAAUAUGUAUGAAGAAAAGUUGUAUAGAAAUUUGCCCUUAUGCACGGAACUCUGUUUCUAAGUGCCAAGCACAGAAAGCCGCUAAAUAAAAUCUUUGCAAUUGUU